AUGGCUAGUCCAACGCCACAAAAUAGUCCAAUGCCUCCGCCGCAAGCACCAUCCCAAAGCCCAGCACCAUCACCUUCGCCGCACAGUCCUUACCAGCAAGCACCUCCCCCGCCCCACCCUGGUCAAAAUCAGUUACCGUCUCACAUGCCAACCCCUGGUCAUCACGUACCCCCGCAGCCAGGACCUCCGCCCGGGUCACACAUGUCGAUGCAAGGACCUCCACCGCCACACAGUACUCAGCCUCCUAAUCCGCAUGGGCCUCCGCCACCUCAGCACCCAUCACACAUGAAUGGCCCACCCCCGGGUCCACAAGGAGCACCUGGACACGGUCCCGGAGGACCGCCUCAUCAUAUGCCUCCGGCAGGAGCCCAGCAUAUGCCACAACAUCCACCUCAUCCGGUAAUGGGGCAUUCGGUUCCACCGCAUCCCGGUAUGGCCGGACAUCCAGGACAAGGUCCAUCGUUACCCCCAGGGAUGGUACCGGGGGGAUAUCCAGGCCAUUCAAUGCCACCAAACACGGGACCUCCUCCGCCGGUGCCGAUGCAAGGUGUGGGUGGCCCAGUACCAGGUCAAGCAAUGCCUCCCGGAGCCGCAAAUCCUGGAAUGAUACCUGGAGCAACUCCUCCACCACCACCACCGGGGCAGGAAAAUUUAAACGCUUUGCAGAGAGCAAUUGACUCCAUGGAAGAGAAAGGGUUGCAAGAAGAUCCACGUUAUUCUCAACUGCUAGCAUUACGUGCUAAUUCCAAGCAACAAAAUUUAAACGCUCCACAGCUUCACCAAUUGCGAGGCCAAAUCAUGGCAUAUCGCUUGUUGGUUCGCCAUCAGCCGAUUAGCAAACAGUUGGCAUCACAAAUUUUAGCCCAACGUACCGAUGGAACACCUCCGCAAUGUCCCACACCUCCAGCCAGUCCCUACCCGAACGCUCCCGGAGGGCCUUCACCACAACCAGGAAUGGCGCCUCAAGUAGCGCAGCAACAAUCGCAACCGCCACAUCAGCAACAGGGUCCCCAGCAACAACAAACGCCAGGACCUCCCCAGGGGACGAAUCAUCCUGGAGGGCCGCCACCUGUCAUGCAGGGUACGCCCGGAAAGCAGGCACCACCGGGAGCUUCAGAUGCGAUCGGGUCUAACAAACCGCCGGUAGGGACCGGUGGUGGAAUACCACCAAAUCCAAGCCCAAUGCCAGGUAUGACAAUGGGUGGUCCACCCCAAGUUGGACAUGGUCAGCACCAUCAGCAGCAACAAAUGCAACAGCCCCAUUCAGGUGCAUCACAUGUACAUCCGCAACAACAGCAGCAAAUGCUCAACUCAGUCGGACAACCUGCACGUCCCAGCUCACAAGGACCGGCUGGUGGUCCGGGUCCAAGACCAGCGGCACAAGCACCGACGAUGCAAACGAUGCCGAAGCAAAACCGCGUAACCACCGUGGCCAAACCAGCCGGACUGGAUCCGUUAACAAUAUUGCAAGAGCGUGAAAAUCGUCUGGCCGCACGAAUUGCACUUCGCUUGGAGGAGCUUAAUAAUUUGCCAGCUUCAAUGCCGGAAGAUCUGCGAAUGAAAGCACUGAUAGAACUGCGCGCAUUGCGAGUACUCAACUUCCAGCGGCAGCUGCGGAGCGAAAUCGUCCAAUGUACACGGCGCGACACAACGCUCGAAACGGCGGUCAAUGUAAAAGCGUAUAAACGUACCAAGCGGCAGGGUUUGCGAGAGGCACGUGCCACGGAGAAGCUGGAAAAGCAACAGAAGCUCGAAGCAGAACGCAAACGGCGCCAGAAGCAUCAGGAAUUCCUAGCCUCUGUGUUGCAGCAUGGCAAAGAUUUCAAAGACUACCAUCGUAACAAUAUCGCAAAGUUGGGUCGCUUGAACAAGGGUAUCAUGAACUACCAUGCAAAUGCUGAACGAGAACAGAAAAAGGAACAGGAGCGCAUUGAAAAGGAACGUAUGCGUCGCUUGAUGGCGGAAGAUGAAGAAGGUUAUCGUAAGCUUAUCGAUCAGAAAAAGGACAAACGUUUGGCCUUUUUGCUUUCGCAAACGGAUGAGUACAUCAGUAAUCUUACCGAGAUGGUCAAACAACACAAGGUGGAUCAAAAGAAAAAGCAAGACGAUGAGAUACAGCGCAAGAAGCAAUUAAAACGUCACAUUCUCGAGAGCGGAGAUAUCGAGCAUUUGGAUGAACAUUGCGAAGCAUCAGACUGUCGGGUGACGGUGAUGGAGACAGCUACCGGCAAGAUGAUUUCAGGUGAUGAUGCACCGUUCUUGCGCGAUUUGCACAGCUGGCUUCAAUUGCACCCCGGUUGGGAAUAUGUUAUUUCCGAUGGUGACGCCGACGACGAUGAAGAGGAAUCGGAAGGAGGAAAAAAGAAAACGCGCGAGCAGGAGCUUUCUGAUGAUGCCAAGACAAAGGAAGUUAUCCAAAAGGCAAAGGUGGAAGAUGACGAGUACAAGACAGAAGAGCAGACGUACUACAGCAUUGCGCACACUGUUCACGAGAAGGUUACCGAGCAAGCGUCGAUACUGGUGAAUGGAAAGCUGAAGGAAUAUCAGAUCAAGGGUCUUGAGUGGUUGGUAUCGCUGUUUAAUAAUAAUCUUAACGGCAUAUUGGCCGACGAAAUGGGUCUCGGUAAGACGAUUCAAACGAUUGCCCUUGUCACCUAUUUGAUGGAAAAGAAGAAAAACAACGGUCCAUACUUGGUUAUUGUACCGCUUUCGACUCUCUCGAAUUGGGUGUUGGAGUUCGAAAAGUGGGCCCCGGCAGUCGGUGUAGUUGCGUACAAGGGUUCCCCUGCCGGCCGCCGCGCUGUUCAAAAUCAGAUGAAAGCAACUAAGUUCAAUGUGCUGCUGACUACCUAUGAAUACGUGAUCAAGGAUAAGGCAGUACUGGCCAAAAUUUCCUGGAAGUAUAUGAUUAUCGACGAGGGUCAUCGAAUGAAGAAUCACCACUGCAAGCUGACGCAAGUGCUCAACACUCACUAUAAUGCGCCACAUCGAUUGUUGCUUACAGGCACACCGUUACAGAACAAACUUCCGGAGUUGUGGGCACUGCUAAACUUUUUGUUACCCUCUAUUUUUAAGUCCUGUUCGACGUUCGAGCAGUGGUUUAACGCACCGUUCGCUACAACAGGUGAAAAGGUAGAGUUGAACGAGGAAGAAACGAUUCUCAUCAUUCGUCGUCUGCAUAAGGUGUUGCGCCCAUUCCUGUUGCGACGUUUGAAAAAGGAAGUCGAAUCGCAGUUACCCGACAAGGUAGAGUACAUAAUUAAAUGUGACAUGUCCGGGUUGCAGCGUGUGCUGUACAAACACAUGCAAAGCAAGGGAGUGUUGUUGACCGAUGGAUCUGAAAAGGGCAACAAGGGUAAGGGUGGUGCGAAGGCUCUAAUGAACACGAUUGUCCAACUACGUAAGCUCUGCAAUCAUCCGUUCAUGUUUCAGCAUAUAGAGGAAAAGUAUUGCGAUCAUAUUGGUGUACAAGGAACGGUUACAGGUCCAGAUUUGUACCGUGCAUCUGGCAAAUUUGAGCUACUGGAUCGUAUCCUACCCAAGCUGAAAGCUACCGGACAUCGCGUAUUACUCUUCUGUCAAAUGACACAAUGCAUGACGAUUAUAGAAGAUUAUCUCUCAUGGCGAGGCUUCGGGUAUCUGCGUCUCGACGGUACCACCAAGUCAGAGGAGCGUGGAGAUUUGUUGAAAAAAUUCAAUUCAAAAAAUUCCGACUAUUUCCUCUUCCUACUGUCCACACGUGCCGGUGGUUUAGGUUUGAACCUGCAAACGGCAGACACAGUCGUUAUUUUCGAUUCCGAUUGGAAUCCCCAUCAAGAUCUGCAAGCACAGGAUCGUGCCCAUCGAAUUGGACAACGAAACGAAGUGCGUGUUUUGCGACUGAUGACGGUGAAUUCUGUAGAGGAGCGAAUUCUGGCUGCCGCCCGCUAUAAGCUAAACAUGGACGAAAAAGUCAUUCAGGCCGGUAUGUUCGAUCAAAAAUCAACUGGUAGCGAACGGCAGCAAUUUUUGCAAAGCAUUUUGCACCAGGACGAGAUGGAUGAGGAAGAGGAAAACGAGGUACCAGAUGAUGAGAUGAUUAAUUUGAUGAUAUCGCGCACCGACGACGAGUUGGAGCUGUUCAAGAAGAUGGAUGCCGAACGAAAGGCGGAAGAAGUGAAGCCUCGUCUGCUGGACGAAGCCGAACUACCCGACUGGCUGGUGAAGGAUGACGAGGAAGUUGACCGAUGGGAUUACGAGGAAGAAACAUCAAUACUGGGUCGUGGUUCACGCCAACGAAAGGAAGUAGACUAUACCGAUAGCUUGACGGAGAAGGAGUGGCUCAAGGCAAUCGAUGACGGGGCUGAUUUCGAUGAGGAGCUCGAGGAAGAGGAACGAGAAAAGAAACGAAAGGGAAGAAAGCGAAAGGGCAGAGGAAGGGAUGAUUCGGACGACGAGAGCAUUGUUUCGACGAUGACGAAGCGCAAGAAGGGCAUUACCGAUCCGAAGAUAAGGAAACAAAUGAAGAAGGUACUGAAAGCAGUGAUCAAGUACACCGAUGCUGACGGACGCGUGCUGAGCAAACCGUUCCUCAAGUUGCCGUCGCGACGCGAUUUGCCCGACUAUUACGAGGUGAUCAAAAAACCGAUCGAUAUCAAGAAAAUAUUGGCACGCAUUGAGGAGGCGAAAUACGUCGAUUUUGCCGACUUGGAGAACGAUUUCUUCUUACUGUGUCAAAAUGCUCAGACGUACAACGAAGAGGCGUCUCUCAUCUAUGAAGACAGUCUAGAGUUGCAGUCGGUGUUUAGCAAUGCAAAGGCAAAGAUCCUGGACACACACGAGGAAGAGGAGUCCAACGAAGAAGAGGAAGAUGAAUCAGAUGAGGAGGGAGGAAGCGUAAAAAUGAAACUUAAAAUUUCAAAAGGAUCAACAUCGUCCAGCUCGUCUGCAAAGAAAACGACACCGGUAAGGAGGAAACGGGCUCAGAAGAAAUAUACCAUUUCUGACGAUGAUGACGAUAUUGAUUAG